AUGUCGAACGCCAACAAGCAGAAAGGCAAAAGCGAAGCCGACCUAGUGGACAAGCUAAACUACAAAAACUUGAGCGAUGUGAUGCUUCACGAGCUGACGUGUCUUAAGGCAAAUCGGCAAGUGUACCUAAAAAGGGGAGGCACCUUUUUCUUGAGUUCCAGGGAAGAGGCCCUUUCCGUGCUGAAGGAGAAGAAGAGUCAAACCGGGGAGAAGAACAGUAAGCAGAUCUGCACAAGAGCUACCCCCCCCGGUGAGAAAAGCCCCAAAGGGAAGUGA